ACGAACGUGACCCUAUCGCUAACAAAGUUUUCCUCACGAAGAAUCCUCUCGAAAUAAUUAAUUACUGUGUUUAAGUUGAGUGCGAACUAAAGAAAAUCGCCCAGCCAUGCCGUUCAAUGUUAUGAUACAGUUGUGCAAAGUCACAAGGGCUAGCAAACUUUUCCAGCGUAAUUUCUAUCUGCCCUUGCUGCGACCUUUAUCUCCAAAAGAUGCCCUCCGAAGACACAUUCUAUCUGGUAAAAACCUUCUCGGACAAAAAAUUGAGCAUUACAUACCUGUCCUGGAAGAAUACAAGGAUAGGGUACAACGCAGGAAGUAUAUGGUCAAAGGAAAAGGUAAAAAAAGGCAAAGGAAGAAGGCGUCCAUGAAAUACAUCACACCGUUCUUCGACGAUAAUAUGGAAAAUCAUGGCAUGCUGCAAGGUUUCAUUGCUAGGAAACCCAAGGGCAGAGGUCAAUUUUACACCUAUUAUAUCCCAGAUAAGAAUUGCACUCUUGUCGUGCCUUUUCAAUUCGAGAGGGCCAUUAGGGACCAUGACAUUUUAGAUGUAAUUGUUGCUCAAAGAAGUGAGAAGAUUGUCAUUAAAUUGAAGAAUGGUAAGAAAGUUACGAUGCCCGUGUCUCCGUGGGACGAGAAAGCUUCUUUAUACAGAGGUGAAGGCUGGACCAAAAAAGAGAUUGAAGAAUACCAUCAUCAUGGUAGAGAAACUAUGGGUCUGGCCAAGUUGUUCGAAGCUAAAGAAUCCGGCGUAGAAGACUGGGAGCUGGAAAUGAUGAGAAUGGCAAGCAAGAGGAGGGUCAAACAUAGAGCUGAGAAUAGACCAGAAUGGAAAGAAGUAAUGGAUGCUGCCGCAGAAAAUAUGGACUGGGAUAAGUUUGAAGAAGAGGCAAAAGAAAUCGUGCAAGAAGUUAACGAACCGGUUCAGGAUGAACCCAUUGCUAUGCAAGUUCAAGAUAUGGAUAAGACUAAAAAUGUAAAUCAAAAAUUGAAAGAUGCUGGUGAAGAAGUAUGGGAGAUGUUACCCGUGAUGGGCGAUAUUCCUGAAAUCGUAAGAUUCAUGCAAGACGGUGAAUAUACGGAAGUUGCAGAUGUAUCUGGUGUGAUGGUAACUUUGCCAUUGUCGGCAAAGGAUGUAUUUGUUGCUGGUCAAAUGGCGAAGAACGAAGAUGGUGAUAUUUUCAUGCCCGGUCAAACGGUGGAAACGGAAGAGACGUCAGAAUUUACGCCUGGUUUCACGGUAUUCAUGGAUGGGGAACCUACGCUCCUCCCAGGUCUCGUUAUGGGCGAUGAUCCAAAAAAACCGAUGUUCUUGCCAGGUGAUUCUACCAUUACGGAGACAGGGGAGUUGCAGUUUACAGAAACAGAGGAGGAUCUUCCACCACCACCUCCAGAAGAAGCCCCACUCUGGGAGGUCGAGCCAGAGCCUGAAGUUGAACCUGAACCUGAGCCAGAAGAGCCUGAAUUGGAGGAAGAACAAGAUAGUGAGGAGGAAGCGGAGGACUUGAAACCACCUCCACCACCCCCACCAAGGAGACCCAAAACAGAAUUUAUCUACGAAAGGCCCAAACGUCGCGUCACAAGCGAGGGAGGUGUUAAAAGGCGAGAGAAGGCACCCAAGAAACCAAUUACCAGUUUAGAAGAACCUGAGCUCGAUCCAAUGAGGCAACCGAUUCAAAUCGAACCCGUCUUGUAUGACUUGACGCUACCAACGUUUGAAAAGGAAACGAUCCUACAAGAGAAGGAACGUGUUGGAAAGUUAACUGAAAAGAAAUCAAAGGAGGAAUGGAACAUCGAGAAAAAGAAACGAGAGAUCAAGGAAAAAGCCAAGACUAUUCUCGCGAAUAAAGGAAAGUCCAAGUAUGUGCCUCAAGAACCAGUGAAGAAGAGCGAAAAACUCAACGAUCUGGAGAACAGCAUUAAGACCGGAAACUUUUUCGACGUUGACUAUAAAAAGUUUUUGGUCAAAGAGCGCCGUCCUCGUGUCAAUUGGCUGGAGAAAUACGAGUACCAAAAUACCUUUGAUUCGGUGGGGAUAUCAAGACACCGCGUUUGGAAAUCAAUGACGAUCAACGUGAAAAUAUCCCUGUGCAAAAUCACUAGAGCAAGCAAGCUAUUUAAAAGAAAUUAUUACCUUCCACUAUUGAGACCACUAUCACCAAAAGAUGCUCUCCGACGUAAAAUUAUUACUGGCCAGAACGUUCUUGGAAACAGAAUCGAACAUUACAUCCCCGUGUUGGCAUCACAUGAAGAUAAAUUAAGAAGCAAAAGGAACAAACCAAAGGGAGUACCGAUUAUCAAAAAGCGAAUUAAGGUGAAAGAAAAUGAAAAAUACGUAGCCCCAUUCUUCGAUGACAACAUGGAAAAUCAUCUCUAUUUUCAAGAUGUGCUCAGCAGAAAAGGUAAAGAGAAAGAUCAGCUUUACGUUUAUGAAGUACCAGACAAAAUGUAUAACUUGGUAAUUUCCAAUUUAUUGGAAAAAGCCAUAAAAGAUAAAGAUAUUAUCGACUUGACAAUUGCACAGAGAAGCGAAAAAAUUGUCCUGAGGCUAAAGGACGAGAGACGAGUUGUCCUGCCUUUGGCCAAAUGGGACGGCAAGGGAGUUUUGUAUAGAGGAAGCGGCUGGACUAAAGAAUAUGUGGAAGAUGAACAUCAUCAUGGCAAAGAUACGAUGGGUAUGGCAAAGAUUUUUGAAUUAAAAGAUUCGGGCGUCGAAGAUUGGGAAUUGGAAUUGAUGAGAAUGUCAAGCAAGAGAAAAAAGAAAGUUAAAGGAGAGGAUUCUGGUGAUUGGAACGUCGUAAUACAAGCGGCAACUGAAAACAUGGAUUGGGAUCAAUUUGAAGAAGAGAGUAAGCAAGUUAUGGAUGAGAUCGAAGAAGUCGUAGAAGAGGAGGAUAUCCCCAUGGAAGUUGAUGACAUGGAGAAGACAUUGAAUGUAGGUGAUAAAUUGACUGAAGGCGGCGAUGAAGUAUUGGCACAGCUGCCAACUAUGAAAGAAAUACCAGAGGUGAUCAAGAAUCUCGAGACUGGCGACUUGUGCGAAUUGCAAAAUGUGUCUGGCGUUAAAGUUCAAAUAUCUGAAGGCAAAACAUGCUUCAUUGCUGGGCAAAUGGUCAAAACUGAGGAGAAUGAAGUAUUUGUGCCAGGACAGACCGUGGAGAUAGAAAAUGGAACAUGCGAGUAUACACCAGGAAUAACUGUGUUGAUGGAUGAUGAGCCAGCACUAAUACCAGGUCUGGUUUUUGGUGAAGAAGAAGAAACACCUGUAUUUCUCCCUGGAGAAUCGACCAUCACUGAGGAAGGUCAAUUGGAAUUUGAAGUAAAUGAAGAUGAUAUUCUACCGGAUAAGGACCGUACUUCACCGCCGCCGAAGUCUCGCAGAGAUCAAACUCCUCCACCUUUUGAAUUUAAACCCAAAGUUAUUGAUACGAUGGUGAUGAAAGAGGAAUCGGCUUCGGUGAUGUCUUUCCGCCCAGAAAAACAAGCGUUAGAGGAUUGUUUGGUACUUUACGAAGAGCGAAGGCGUCAGAAAGAGGAAUUGGAGAGGAAAAGGAUGAAGGAGAGAACCGAGGAGAAAAUAAUGAAAGCCGAAAGUAAGGUCGACACGGUACGUUACAAAAUCAGAAUGAAGUUAAAGACGUUCAAAGUCGAAAUGCCGAAGCCGUACGUGGCGCUGGAACCGGUUCUGAAGAGCAAGAAACUCGAGGAAUUGGAACGCAGCGUAGAGGAUGGCACUUUUGAAGACGAUCGAACAAAAACCAUAAUGGAAAAGAUACGAAAUUUAUUUAUUGUGUUUGUGUCUGUGUUUGGCCCAGUCAAGAUGAUUAUGAAUUAUGUUUUGUCGUUCUGCAAGAUCACAGCGGCGAGUCGCAUUUUCUCGCGCAACUUUUACUUGCCUUUACUGAAGCCCAUAACGCCAAAAGAUGCCUUGCGAACAUUCAAAAUCACUGGAAAAUGGUUACUCGGAUCAAAAAUUCAUCACUAUAUCCCAGUUCUCUUCAAUCAUAAGAAAAAACGCAACAAAAACGCCAAAGACUACGGUAAGCUUGUCCAUAAACAGAAUUCCAGUUAUACCUACAUGAGUCCAAUAUUAGACCCUGAAAACGAAAAUCACAAAGUUCUAAUGAACAUCUUAAACGAGAAACCAGACGAAGAUUGUUUCGUAUAUACCGUUGAUGACAAAAUGUACAACAUAGUUUUUCCGGGUAAAUUGGAACUUGCUAUUAGAGACGGGGAUAUUAUUGAUAUUCUGGUAUCACAGAGCAACGACAAAAUUCUUCUUAAAUUGAAAGACUUUAAAAAGAUUGCUGUUGAAUUGGAAUUUUAUGAAACAGACAAAGAUUUGUUUAAAGGAGAAGGUGGCACUUCCGUAGAGGAGGAAAAGUUUCACCAUCACGGUAAAAUGACGAUGAGUCUGGCAAAAAUAUUCGAAGCCAAAGAACUGGCCGAGGAAUGGGAACUUGAAAUGAUGAAAAUUGUUGCUAAGAAAAAGAAGCAGAAGGGUGAAGGAAGCAGGGAAUGGAACGAAAUGGUAACGGAAAGUAUUCAAAAUUUGGAUUGGCAACAGUUCGAGGUCGAAGCGAAGAAGGUCAUCGAUCAGAUUUGGGAACCUGUGCAGGAGGAGCAUAUUGGUAUGCAGGUUGAAGAUUUAGAGAAAACUAGGAACGUUCCUGAAUUUAUUUUGAAGAGAGGAAACGCCUUACUUAGUCAAUUACCGACGAUGACUGAAAUACCGGACGUUGUUAAAAGCAUGGCUACGGCGAUUUACGAAGAAAUAGAGGAUGACGAUGAAGAUGAUCUACUAAAGAGGAGAAGGAUUUCGGGUGUUAGAGUUACUUUAUCUUCUGGUAAAGAAUGUUUCAUAACUGGCCAGAUGGUUAAAACUGACGAAGGCGAAGUUUUUGUACCUGGACAAACAAUAGAAAAUGAUUUUGGAUUAUCUUAUGUACCAGGAAUUACAAUUAAUAUGGAUAAUAAACCGCAAUUGAUUAAGGGUUUGAUUAUGGGCGACGAAAAUAAUCAGAAUCCCAUGUUUUUACCAACAGAAUCGUCAAUAACGGCAGAUGGCGCUUUGACGUUCUGCAGAAAUCCAGAAGAAAGAUCCCAAGCUAUGCCUCAAAAGAUAUUUGUUCGCAAACUGUCAGUAGAAGAUAGCGAAAUGGAAGCUGGAGAAGGCAAGAAGAAGAAGAAGAAAAAGAAGAAGUCAAAGAAAAAAGCGAAGGCUGUUACUCCUAUUGUUGAGGAAAUUGUAGCUGCUCCUAUUAUUGAAGAUGAACAAAUUGUAGCCGAAGAAGAAUCUGAUUCGGUUGCUAUUGAAGCUAUGAUUUACGUGGAGGAAAAUUCUGUUAAAUCAGAAGAAGAAGUGAGCUCUAUUGAAGAAUACGAAAAGAAACCGAACGACGAUGAUAUUUAUAAGCCGUUGGAUGAUGGCAUGGAGAAGCUAAUUGUAAAUUUAGAGGACAAGAAGUCCGAGUUGCAAGAGAAGCUUGAUGCUUUGCGCAAGUUAAGUAUAACUUUGGAAAAUUCCGUGACCUACGUUAAGACUAGCGAUGCAGAAAAUAUCGCCUUUACUGUUACUGAUGAUCCAGACAAGAUGCACAAAUUUUCCGAUAUCCUAUUAACAAUUACGCGUCGUGCAAAUACGUUCCGAGAGAGAAACAAUGUCAACAUCCAGAACAUCAAUAAUCCGUGCAUGGUGUAUAAUAAUACGUUUGUAACAGAGGCUGAUGAGAAGUUCUGCACGUCAAAUCCAAAAUUGAAAAUUGCGUUAAAAUCCGCAAUGUACGCUGCUAACGAGGUAUUCAAAACGCGUCCUCGAGAUCAGAUGUUGGCUCUUCAAACUCUAUCGGAUAUUUUGAAAGAUUCGUUGGAUAAUGAUACAGUCUUGGAAGAGCUUUGCUUGCUGAUGAAUACGAAUCUCGAUCGAAACGAAAUAUGCACAUCGAUACUGAAGGAAUUAUCACAAGAGAUUACCGAGAAUAAGAUUGAAGUGUUGAAAUCGGCGGUUGGCUUGAAUGAGAGAUGCGCUGAGAACGAGGCAAUCAUUGAGAAAAUUCAGCAGAUCUUGGACAAGGGGAUUCUGGGCGUCGCAUUUAAGAAGGUGGCUAAAAAUAACGAGCCGUUCACUAGGAAGGUAAUUGAACACGCCAAACUAAAAUUAGAUGCAAUUAAAACGGAGCACGGGGCCGAAGAGGCGCUGCAGAGUUGCGUGGCUAGCGCGGCUCGCGAAUUCUCGGAGGAAUGUCUAUUGGAAUUAGAUGAUUAUGGAGAGGAGGGAGAAAUCAAAGAGUUCCUAUCGGAAGCUUUGGGGUUGGCUUCAACAUUGGGCGUUUACGAUGUCGAAGAGGUGUUGGGCAAGCUGCUUUUGGAGCCGGAACAGAGUCUGUUGGCGGGAAGCAAGGCGAGCGUCGAAUUUUUGAAAAGAUUCACGCUGAUCAAAAAACUGUGCGAGAAAGAUUACUCAGUUAAGACUUCCUUGGAGAGAAUUAGGAAGCAUCCGGAAUGCGGCAGAACGGAUCCGAGGAUAAGACAACUUUUAAGAGAAAGUGCUAGUCUGACGACAAAGGCAAGAGAAAUUAGAAGUUCCUUGGAGGUGCCUCUGAGGUUGUUCCAAGAUCAGAACUUUUUGGCGAUCGAAGAUUGCAUACUUCAAAAGGCACGUUUGGAAUCGCCGAUUUUGAUAAGUCGUAAGGGCAUUCAGGCUGUGAUCCCUAAGGAAGCAGCUAGAAACGUUUUGGCUGGUAGAGUUCCAUAUUUGCUGAUCGACGAAGGUGGCGUUACAAAUUUCAAACCGAUGCACAUGUUCUCAGCUCUGAAAUUGGGCAAGAGCCGUGAACAACGUUUCGAGGAUUACUCAACGAUGGGUGGACGUGAGGGCUUUCGAGAGAACCGAAAGGAAAGGGUCUACACAAGAACAUCACCGUCUCCUGUGAAAGACAGCAAUGCGCCUUUCAUUCGAGACCCGAUGCCGAUGAGCCCCAAUUCAAGGGGUGCUUACGGGCCGCGGGCCUAAAACCAUGCGCGAAGAAGAA